CUCUGAGAUAACCGCACCACUCGCAAACCCCACGGCCUAUCAUAGUCUGAGAACGGGCGUCUGUGGUUUCCAAUGGCAACCACGAGCCGAGGUCCUGAAAACGACUGCCGCGGAGAACUGACCCGUUCCGAGAAGAGAGAGGAGUCAAAGCGAGGAAUUGCUUCACCGACAUGCGAAGCUUAUCGCGUGGGAUUUCACAGGACUUUACUGUAUGAACAGCUAAAAAGAGGACAGAAGAGAAAGGGACUGACAUCUGAGCAUGACUGCUUUGGUUUGUCCUCGAGUCAAUGUUUCGGAGAUGUGUGCAGAUGCAGACAGGUUCCUUCAAAGUGGAAACACGGGGAAGGCCACGGCGCUGUACAUGUCUGCCUUCAGGACUCAUGCCACCUCUGCUGUGUCCCACAUGAGGAAACUGGAAAGGUCCAGUCUGGUUAAGAUCAUCUCUACUCUAGAAGGCUGGCUGGACGGUCAUGGAGACAAUCAGUCAGCCAAGGGCAUCAAUAAGGGCCUGGCGGCUGUUUUCCUGUCAACGCUGUGCCCCAACAAUUUGUCUGCCACCAUUUUCAAAAUGGAAUCCCUCCUCCAGAGUGGCGGGCUUGGCUGUGAGGAGAUUUUUGCACGCUGCACAGCUCUGCUCGAAGGCAAACAUAAUCUUCAUCCGGAAGGUUCGACUCAGGUGUUGCUGGAGAUAACGCGAGCGCUGGCCUGCCUCUUUUCACAGCCACACAGUUCGAAGGGACUACGGCUUUACCUAGCAGCUUAUCGGUAUAACAAAUUAGAAACAGCCUCACUGGUCCGUAGCAGACAAGCUGCACACCUGGCCAAAAUAGUAAAAGCCUUCAAAGAUCAAAUAAUGCCAAUAUGUCCCUAUGUUGCAUUAGAUAACAAGAGGUCAGCGACCCCAAUGGAGAAGAAUGCAAUAAGUGUAAAGGAUGCUUCUAUAGCUGUUGCAUUUUUAAUGGCCGUUUCCCCUGAUGACAGAGAAAUACAGGAACUUCAAGCGGCAGAUUUGUUCUUAAUGGGCAGGUUUGUGGAAAGUGCAGAGAUCUACACUUCUCUUUUACAUCAGAAAUUGUCUCCACAGCCUGCAGACGAAUUACCUGAGGACGGUCCAGAGAGGAAAGCCAGACUCUUAACCUGUCGAGCGGCUGCUUGUCUCUCAGUAGGUGGCAAAAUGGCAGAGGAGUGCACAGAUCUGGGAGAGGCGUUUGAGAUCCACCCUGCCACUGCCAGAGCCUACUUCAAAAAGCUCUUCACCGAUUACGGGACAGGGACGGCAGCUCGCAACCAUCUGCGUCACCAGGCUGAGAGGGGGUUGUCUGGCUUCAGAGAGAGGGUCCUUAUCCGCGCCGACCUAAGAUCUACAGAGGGAGUAGAGCUUCUGGACCCUGUGAUCACUUCCCUACGGACUCUGUGCCAUUUGGAGCCUGAUGGAGGAGGCAGAGAGCUGCGGGUGAGGCUGGCUGACUGUCUCCUCCUCAGAGGGGAGCACAAAGAAGCCCUCUCGAUCUGCAGCCAACUAGCUGCUGCCCAAGGACAACAGAGCUAUCAAAACACUGUCCAAGUUCUUUGUGGAUACGCCCGGCUUCUUUCUGGGGACCACAAGGGGGCGUUAGAAGAUUUUCAAGCUGUGUUAGAGCACAACACGCCGCACCCGUCCAGCUGCGUGCGAGCACUUUGUGGCAGGGGGCUGCUGCGCAUGAUGGCUGGGUCAAAUUACCUCACAGCCCUGGACUACAUGACAGCCAGCGGGCUGCAUGCCCAGGAAACGGCUCUGACAGUCCGCUGCUUGGUCCCGUGGAACUUUCGGGGUCUGCUGUUUACGGUUCUGCUCGAGCAGGGCCGAGUCAUGCUGGAGGGGUCCACCAAGGACAAGUCCGAGUCCGGUUCAAGUGAAGAUCCACAGCAUCCCAAACAUAAGGGGCCGCUUCAUGCACCAUCAAAGAGAGAAAACCACAGUGCAGGAACUCCUACUGGUGUCCAUUCUCUGGCCGGGCUGCUCAUGGACCUUCAGCCCCAUGCUGACGGGCCUCACAUCCUCACAGCAGAUGCGUUGUACCAGCUUGGGCGAGUGGAGGAGGCCUACAGGUUACUGCUGUCUGUGGGUUCCUCCAAUCCUCGGGCUCCUCUCCUGGCUCGCCUCGCACUCCUGCAGCUCCACAGGGGCUUUCACUAUGACACCAAUCAGCUGCUCAAAAAGCUCCUUGCAUGCGGGGAGACCAGCUGCCUGCGCAGCCUGCUGGCUGUGGCACAGCAGAAGGACAGAGCGCUGCUGCAGGGACACUGCCACACAGCGGCUAAACGCAUCCUGGACGCCUCGACAGAGGAGAGCUCUGUCAGGGAAGCUGUGGCGUACCUCUCUAUUGCUAUCAUGGCCUCUGGUGGGGAGGCAGAAGAUUCCCUGUUGGAAAGAGCGAGGUGUUACGUGUUACUGGGCCAGAGAAAGACGGCCAUAUUCGACUUCAGUGCCAUUUUGAAGGAGCAUCAGAAACACGUUCAGGCUCUCUGUGGAAGGGGUUUCACGUACCUCAUGCUCAAUCAGCAAAAGGAAUGUGUUCACGACAUCCUCACUGCUCUUCAGAUUAAAGCCGACACGGUCGUCAAAGAGAUCCUGUCACUCAAAGACAAAGCCCGGAAGCUGAUCUGUGACUGGCUGCAUCAGUUCUGUCGCACCAGUUUGUCAAACACCGUGAUCACUCAGUCGGUUCCCUGCCACGAUGAACAGCUGAGGGAGGCUUUCAUAAUUGGUGGCGCUUUGAUGAGGACAGACAGCAGAGACCCCAGAUGGCAUCUUCUCUAUGUGGACACACUUUUAGCCAAAGGUGAUGUUAAGGCAGCUUCCAGCCACCUCUGCCAGGUUUUUGGCCAGGAACCGAGGGACGCAGCUGCCCAGGCCAGGCUGGGAGUGGUGGAGACCUGGCAGCAGAAGGACAGGAGUCGAGCAGCCUACAGGCUCAGCAAAGUAACUGAGAAAGAUUCAUCUACACUGGACUUCUUGCUGGCUCUGAUCCCAUUUAAUCAGCGAAAAUGCAUGGCACAGGCAGCAGCUCUGGAAGCCGGCGUUUUGUCAUCGGCUGGCCAGUGGAAUCAGGCUCUCGCUCUCCUGACAGUAGCAGUACAAGCGACGGGACACCGCAGGUUACAGUACCUUCGCCAGCGGGCCGCCUGCUUCGCACAGCUCGCCUUCCAUGAGCAGGCGGUAGCUGACCUGGACGGCAUUAUCCAGAAACACGCUAGCUGCUCAGACGACCCCAGAAUCUGCGUGGAGGAUCUGUGUCGGCGAGGCCACAGUUUGGUGCUUUGCUCCAGAGAGGGAGCAGCUCUGGAAGACUUCACCCGAGCUUUGGGCCUCCACAGGGAGCAGGCCCUUCAGUGUGUGGAGGCAGGUCUGGGAAGGCAGCGAUUGGCUCAGUGCUUCAUGCGAGCGGCUCUGCAGCAGUACGGUGAGCAGCAGCUCGAUAAGAGCUGGACUCUGAUCGAAUGCGGACUGGUUGUGGACAGUGAAAACGCAGAGCUACGCAGGCUGAGAGCAAGGGUCAAACGAGAGGUGGCCAGCCCGUGCAAUGUCAACUAG